AUGGCUAAGCUUCUUUUUCUGAUCUGUCUGCUCACCUAUGUAGACUCAAGCACCUUGGAGCUAGGCUCAAGCAUAGUUUCACUCAGUCGAGGGCUAAAGAGUAGAACCAAUAUUGUUUACACGGAAGCGACACAGCCCCUGGAUGUAUAUUCGCAGAUCAGCGAGACCCUAAGCCAAAUUCCUAGCCUAUUAUUGAAGAGUGACUAUGUUAGGCUGUUCGACAACAGCCUUCAUCUACCCCAACCCCUUUUAAUGAUACUGCCUCAGCCCAACCAGGGGCAAAUCCAAACCAUGUUCGAGCAGUUGCCCGAACAAAGGCAGCAAUCGGAUUUUCUGAUUGUGGGCUGCGACAAUGCUGCCAACUGGCUGCAUUUGCUGUCCACCCUCUGGCACCUGGGUUAUCCAAAUGUGCUCAUCUUCAACAGCAGCGAUGAGUUGGGCUCAGGUCAGCUUUAUACCAGCGACUCAUUUCCACAGCAGCAACUGCGCCGCAGCAGCAUUGAUCAUUAUCUGUGGGCGCGUCGGCACUGGUUCGACCGACUCGAAGGUUGGGAGGUGCGUGUGGCCCUCUAUAAUAAUCCGCCACGCACCUUGGUCUAUCCGGAUCAGGAGCUCUACGAUGGCUAUGCGCUGAUGCUGCUGCGUGAAUUUCUAGCCCAACGCGGCGCCAAAUUCGUGCCUGUUCUGACGCCCAACUAUAGGGUCUACUCGCCCAACGAUUGCCUCAAGUUCUUGCAGCUCAAUCAGUCGGACAUAUGUGGGGAUGUGCUGGCCUUCUCCAACAACUUUAGCUUUACGGCCAGCUAUCAGUAUUUGUAUGGCAACAUAUUGAUACCCUACUCGCUGCCCAUAUCCAAGAACUAUUACAUUAUAGCGCCCAUGCAGCUGAAGACCUGGCUACUGUUGACCCUCUAUAUAGCCAUGAUCUGCGGCUUUGCCAGCUUCAUCUGCUGGCUGCAGCUGGGUCGCUGGGAGUAUGGCAAACUCUUGCUGGAGAUACUAUCCAGUUUGCUCUGUGUGGGUUUUCGUUUAAACGAUAUUAAGGGCAGCCAGCGCUAUAUACUGUUUUGUACCAUUUUUCUGUCCGGCUUUAUAUGCUCCAACUAUUAUUUGGCCUUCUUGGCAACCAUUUUGUCCACGGGUCUGUACGAGCCGCAAAUCAACAGCUUUGAAAAGCUGGUCGAGCAGAACAUUAGCAUUGUCAUUGGGGACUAUGACAAGACGGUGCUCAAGAGCUACGACUAUCCGGACAUUCUGUGGAACAUAACCCGUGUGGUGCCCUAUGAUUUCAUCUUGGCGCAUCGCCGGGUCUUUGAUACCAACUAUGCCUAUCUUGCCCACAGCGAUCGCCUUGCCCUGUUCGAUUUCCAGCAACAGUAUAUGGUUAAGCCGCGCAUGCGUCCACUGCCCAUUGAUCUGAUGCACUCGCUGCCGGGCUACCCCAUGCGUCGCCAGUUUCUAUUGAAGUCCAAGCUGAGCGAGGCGCUGCUCAACUGCUUUGGCAGCGGCCUAAUGCAAAAGCUGGCGGAUGACACCAACCGGCAGACGAUACACAUUGGCUAUCUGAAUCUAAUACCAUCGGAGCCGUACGAGGCACGUCCCUUGGCCUUGGACUACUUCAAUGUGCCGCUUAUUGUGCUGAUCUCGGGUCUAAUCAUUGGUUUUGUCUGCCUGCUGGGCGAGCUGCUCUGGUGCCUCGUGCAGAAACCCAGCAGAGAGGAGAGAGAACUGGAGUAG